ACCCGACAGCACAUCGAAACCCACGAGUUACGAUCAACAACAACUGCGGCAAUGUCACGGACAGCUAUAAGAAUGUGUGGAAUAACUGCGAGAUAUCCAUUUCGGAUGACAAGCGACAGAUUCUGGAAUGGAUCUCUCCCUUGGCACCUCGGGAAAGGCAUCACACUGUGAGUGAUGGCAGGGUGGAUGGAGUAGGGGACUGGCUUCUUCAAACAAACAAGUUUAAGAAGUGGCAUACAAGCGAGGAUCAAGAUGUCGAUCCUGUGUUAUUUUGUUAUGGGGACCCAGGGGUGGGGAAGACCCAUAUGAGCUCUCUUGUGAUAGAUACACUGUGCGAUCAGGUUGUCGGGGAAGAUGUGGCUGUCGCUUGUGUGUACUGCGACUUCCAUGCUCCGAAUGAGCAGUCUGCAACAACCGUGUUAGGAGCCCUGUUGAUGCAGGUCGUGGCGGGGAUGGAACCAAUCCCAAACGAGAUACAGAGUGCUUUUGAGCGUGCGAAGAGCCAGGUUGCUGGCCGCAUGCUGCGGCUCCCUGAAAUCCGCGCGAUGCUGGUGAAAUCUCUAUCAUCGUUGCGACGAGGCUUUAUCUGCAUUGACGCUUUAGACGAGUUUCCGCAAAAGAAACGGCCUGAGCUUUGGGAUUCUUUACAGCAGAUUAUCCGGGAGUGCCCAAAUACUCGGCUAUUCAUUACCGGGAGGCCCCACAUCCGGGACGAAGUUAAGCGAUGUUUCGACGGAGAGGCUACUGUGAUCCCUAUUAUACCCAGGACGGGGGACAUCGAGCGAUAUCUGGAAAUGAGACUAAGUAGGGACCCAGACCCGGAUAUCAUGGACGAAUCGCUACGAGCAGAUAUGCUAAGAGUUAUUCCGGCGACUAUUUCGGGAAUAUUCCUUUUAGUCUCCCUCAUUGUUGAUGCCAUCUUAGAUCAGACGACGAUACAUCAGAGGAGACAGACGCUUCAUAAGAUGACAAAAGGGCUUGGUCUACAGGAUGCAUACAGCACGACAUUACAUCGUAUACAACAGCAGAAUGGAAGUAAAGCAAAACUGGGAAUGGAAACACUGAUGUGGAUCUCACGCUCCGAACGGCCAUUAGAAACACAAGAGCUGUGUCAUGCUUUAGCGGUGGAGUUAGGAACUACGGACAUCGACCCGGAGAAUGUCCCGUCGAUCAAGACAUUGUUGGGCUGCACUUUAGGCCUUGUUACAAUUGAUCAGCAAUCAUCGGUCCGUCUCAUCCAUUUUACUCUCCAAGAGUACCUUGGAACACAUACCGACAUGUUCAUCACACCUCACUCAAUGAUGGCUGAGAUAUGUCUCACUUAUUUAAACUUUCAGUCCGUCUGCGAUCUUUCACCCACUCUUCGUGAGAUCCCGACCACCUCACCGUUUCUCCACUAUGCAUCGUGUUACUGGGGACUCCACGCUAGGAAGGAAAUGACAGAGGGCGUGAAAUCCCUGGCAUUGCGACUUCUUCAAAAGGAUGCAAACCACAUAUCAGCUAAUAUUCUCCUCCGUGAGGGAAGUGUUGGAUUCUUGUCUUUCUGGGAUCGGCGGCCGGGUAGACAUGAUCCCGAUCCUGAGGGAUAUAGUGGCCUACACUGCAUCGCAUACAUGGGGGUUCCCGGAAUUGAGAUUACCAUGGUGAGCAUGGAGAGAUGGGACUUGAACGGGCGUGAUUCCAAAGGCGCGACACCGUUAAUGUGGGCUGCAAAAUACGGAAAUUAAGACGUGGUAAAAUUGCUCUUGAACCGGGAGGGCGUCAACCCCAACUCGCCGGAUAGGAAUGGCCGGACACCACUAUCAUAUGCAGCCCAGUUUGGGAAAGAAGACGUGGUAAAGUUGCUCUUGGAUCGGGAGGGUGUAUAUCCCAAUUCGUCGGAUAUGUGUGGCCGAACACCACUAUCACACGCAGCCGAGUCUGGG